UCCUCUGCUUCACUCCUCUUCCAGUCUGCAUCCAUUUUUGUGAAGCAGACUAUUACCUGUGCAUGAAGUGCCGCGCUCCAUGCCUCACUGGCUUCGCUCGCUCUCUGACCCUCCCUCGGGGCCAUGCCAGUAAUUCUGAAAUGGCUAGGCAAAUCGACGUGCAGUCAGAAAUAGACGCAGCAUUGGCUAAACGGAGAGACGUCUCCAAGUCUGGGCUUUCAAUUCCUCUUUUCUGGGUCCGAUGGCAGGUUGUGGGUGACUGUGGUCUGGGUCAUCACGUACUUCUGAACAGGUGUCGCCGAGACAGGCAGGCGUACCUGACAGGUAACGAACGGCUGGCCGACACACUGCCAGGUUUUAAGCCGCUGCAUGCCGGGACCGAUCCGAGGCCGGUGUGGCCUUAUGGGCCUUAUGGGCCACACCGGCAGCUUUCCCGAGAACCCAAACGGAAUCAGCCACCCCUCUGUCUGUCUGUCGCUGCGCCUUCAGCUGCUGCGACAGGGCAUCCGUCAGCGAGAAAGUGUGAAGGUUACGCAGAGGCUGAGGAAAGAGUUCGCUGUCUGACCGUGUUUCAUGCGAAGCAGAUGGCAGAACGCAGAUAUUUCACAAGAAGCCUUCAGAGAAGCACUGAGGCAGAACAUCUGACAGAGGAGGCUCUCCAUGAUGAAACGCAGUGCCACACCACUGUAAACAUGGACUCUGCUCUCUAGGAGACCCCAUUCCACCUCCCUUAGGAUGCACUUUAACCACAAAUAACUUACCAUUAAACUAGUGAUUCCCAACCUGGUCCUCAGGGACCCCCAGACAUUUUUACUCCCCCCCCAGCUCCCAGACAAUGGAGAACACCAAAUAUCUGCUACAGGAAGAGAGCAAAAAAAUGUGAACCUUCUGAGGGGUCCCCGAGGACUGGGUUGAGUAACACUGUUAAACUGAUAACUAAAUAAAGAAUGUGUUUGGUUCAGUGGGUUUUUUCUUUCCUGGGGUGUUUUUCUGUGUGUGGGUGACACACAGAUUCACUGACACUAACUGUGUCCUUCACUUCAUGGAGAAUGAGCAGCAAACAGAGUUGAGCU